AUGUCAGUACGCCCAGAGACUUACUUUGAAAUUCAAGCUCAGUUAACGACUUGGACUGACGAGCUUGAGUUCUUGGGCUACAUUCUUUGUGAGUUGAUUGACGAGGACAGUUUGAAUACGAAAGGAUAUCGAUAUCACCAGGCCGCUGAUCUACCGGCUACCGUUGAAAUUCUUCGUCUUCAACUGAAGGAACCCAACGGAUACCUCUCCAAAAUUAUGAGUGAAGACGAACUAAAGCUCUUCCGUCGAUUGUUGAGAAAGGCAAAGGAUAUCAGGAAUCUUAUGGCGCAUCACAAAAUCCAAAAUCACGAGAGAUUGAAGGAUCUUGAAGAUACUAAAGUGAAACUGAGUGACAUGCUCGAAUUCGCCAUUAAGGGAGCUGCCUCUGAUCGUGGAAUAUAUCAGCUCAAUGCAAAGAUACCUUGGUCUCCUUAUUACCAUAUCUGCAAAACAUAUAUGCAAAUUAAGGGGCCAUUGGUGGUCAUGGUUCCGCUUAAUGAAGUACCACUGUUAUCUUUUCGUGACCGGGUCCUACACGAUUAUGAUCUCGAACAAGAAAAAGUGCUCAACCGGCGUCCAAAGCGCAAAGCAACAGAAGAAGGUCGCCGAAAGCAGAAAGAUGAUUAUGAGAUCGCUCUCACCAAAAAACAGCAAAGAAAGGAGCGAGACAUGGCUAUGCGGAUCGAACAUCAAUCUGAGAAACUUGGCAGGAUAAAUCAAAGGUUCAUCGAGUCACAGCAAUUGGGACAUGCUCGAUUAAACAAAAUUAAAGUAUGGAUGAAAGAAGAACAAGAACUGUUCUAUCGGCAGCGGGCCAAAAUCCGUAAGGACGGAAUAAUACACCCAUCUGCCCAGGAGGAAUUAUUGUAUAUUAUAAUCCUUGCCAUUAGCUCACCAUUCUGGCUGACGGUUAUUCUUAUAUACAAUAUAUAUAAAAAAAGUCGAGGCCGCUAUGGUCGCGCUUAA